AUGGUGUUUAUGUGAUUAACUGUGUUUGUCCUGAUUCUUUCUUUCAUAGGACUGAGGGUACAGGGCAUACCAACAUCAGCCCCCUUGCCUGUUUCUCUUAUGACAAAAAUCACCCCACCUACAGCCACCUGGACUACCUCUGCUCAAAACACUGCUAUGGCCACCACCCCUGUGACCAGUGACACUCUCAACGCCUCAGUCCUCCCCACUACUGCUGCGUCUCUGACAUCUCAGCUCCCCAAGAACAUUUCCACUGUCCCCAAAGAAGAGGAUGUCACAAGCCCAGCUUUGAAGUGGAAUGGCAGCAACACAGACCCCUCACCUUCCGGCUUCUCCUCAACAAGCAGCAAUGUCCACUUGACACCCACACCCAAGGAACCCAGCCUUGGCAGUCCCGAAACAAGUGUGCCAGCCACUUCGUCACAGCCACCCACUCUCACUUCUUCUCAGGCGCCAACCUCGACAUCUACAUCCCAGGCAGCUUCCCCACCUGAGGCUCUGUCUGUCUCCAGUACCUCUAAUCACAGCUCCACUGUGAGCAGCAUCCAGCCCACAGGAGCUCCAAUGGCACCCGGGUCCCCAACCGAGGGUCACAGCUCUAGUCACAUACCCACUUCCCGUGUCACAGCAGAGCCAGCACCGAAGGAGAAAUCACCCCAAGAUGCUGAGCAUGGCAAAGUGGUCUGUGAGUCUGAGACCACCACCCCUUUCCUGAUCAUGCAAGAAGUGGAGAAUGCCUUAAGUUCAGGCAGUAUUGCUGCCAUCACCGUGACAGUCAUUGCUGUGGUGUUGUUGGUGUUUGGAGCUGCAGCAUACCUAAAGAUCAGGCAUUCCUCCUACGGAAGGCUGCUGGACGACCACGACUAUGGGUCCUGGGGAAACUACAACAACCCUCUCUAUGAUGACUCCUAA